UCGGCGAGGCGCAAAUAUCAAGUAGUUAUAUAUAGACGCAUAUACAGUAAUAUGUUCAAUAAUUGAUUCUACACUAUAAACACGUCGCUCGUUACGCGACACGCAACUGUUCCCUCCAAACCCGGGGCCCGCUCUGCGCUUAGGUAAGCAGCAGUAGAUGGGGGCCGCACAAAGUAGUAAGUACGCCCAGCCAGCAACAAAAAAUAAAAAUAUAAAACGCCCUUCUCCAUUGCCCAUUUGUUCCCUGACACGCCGGUAUCACCCGUGGCGGUCCCCUAUUUUCCCUCCAAAACGCCGUGCCCAAAAUCCCAGUGAACAUGUAUCAUCUCAUCCAGUUGGUCUUCUGCCCGUCCCAUCGGACCGGCGCCAGGCCGCCGACAAGUACUUGGUUGUGUUGGUGUGUGUGUGUGGUUUUUUGCAGAGGGGUGAUAGUACAGUGGGAUCGGAAGCCGAUGCAUCACCGUGAUAAUAGUGGUAAUAAUAAUCGCCAUCAUCGGUGCGUUGAUGAUGGUGAUGAUGCCGUCGUCGUCGUGAUCCCGUGUUUUUUGGGGGGUUCUAUUUCUCGUCUCGUGGUGUUCGCACACAUCGUUCUCUCUACCGCCGCUAUCUGCGACGAGGCAGCCGGAGGUCCUCGUCACUCAUGCCUCUUCUUGUGCUUGUGCUGCUCCAGAACGGCCCGGGCUCUUCACAUCCGCCUAUGGAGGAAGACGGGGAACUCGAAGCCGUUCUCGAAGCUCAGCGCGUUUCUCCGGUGGUGGGAAGGCACGUGGAUGUUGUCGAAGGCGGCGUCGUCCUCGUCGAGGGCCGACUCGUAGUAGCUGGAGGCAUCGCUCCCAGCGUCGGACACGGGCGAUUGUGUCAUGUCUAGGGGGAUGACGACCCUCUUGCCGUGACCGGGGAUGGGGAUGGGCUGGGUCUGGGAGGUGUUGAUUUGCAUGUUGGUUUUUUGCGCCAUGUUGACGGAUGUUGGUGUCGAGGUUGGUGUUG